ACACCUCCUGCCCCCUUUUGUCCCUGCCCCCUUGGGUGCUACCCCAUCUCCCCAGAGUCCCAGCCUGUGACUGUCACACUGAGCUCAGCCUGCCUCUCUCACAAGGACGAUCGCCUGCCCUAACGCCUGGCCAUGCUGCCCCACAAGGACUCUGUUUUGAACGUGGGGUUUCCUGGGUGCCUCUUGCUCCUAGCUGGGCACCCUCUUGGCAGGAGGUCAGCUGCCUGCGCAGGUGCUGGGAACACAAGGAUCCCCAUCCUACUGGCCUGGUUUUGGGCUUCCAUGACAGGACUCCCCAUGGCAGACUCAGGCAUCCCAGAACUAACUCAGCUCCGACUGGUGAACGGCCCGAGUCGCUGCGCUGGGAGGGUCGAGGUGCUUCACAACCAGCAGUGGGGAACCGUGUGUGAUGACAACUGGGAUUUAACUGAGGCCAGAGUCGUGUGCAGGCAGCUGGGCUGUGGGACGGCGUUAUCAGCCUCACGUGGGUCUCGGUUUGGACAGGGAACUGACCGUAUCUGGCUGGAUGAGGUUAACUGCACAGGGACAGAAGCUGCCCUCUCCGAAUGCAGGGCUAGGUCUUGGGGAGAGAAUAACUGUAACCACAUGGAAGAUGCUGGUGUUGAGUGCUCAGACUCGGUCAUUCCAGACCCAGGUCCUCUCCAACUGGUGAACGGCCCCAAUCGCUGCGCUGGGACAGUCGAGGUGCUUCAUAACCAUCAGUGGGGAACCGUGUGUGAUGACAGCUGGGACAUAACUGAUGCUGGAGUCGUGUGCAGGCAGCUGGGCUGUGGGACGGCGUUAUCAGCCCCAGGCUGGGCUCGAUUUGGACAAGGAUCUGGCCCAAUUUGGCUGGAUAACGUUCAUUGCACAGGGACAGAAGCUGCCCUCUCCGAAUGCAGGGCUAAGCCUUGGGGAGACCAUAACUGUGACCAAGGAGAAGAUGCCGGUGUUGUGUGCUCAGAUUCUGGCAUUUCAGAAGUGCUUCAGCUCCGACUGGUGAAAGGCCCGAAUCGCUGCGCUGGGAGAGUCGAGAUGCUUUACAACCAGCAGUGGGGAACCGUGUGUGAUGACCGCUGGGACUUACAGGAUGCUGGAGUCGUGUGCAGGCAGCUGGGCUGUGGGUUGGCGUUAUCAGCCCCACGAGGGGCUCGAUUUGGGCGAGGAUCAGAUCGUAUCUGGCUGGCUGACGUUCACUGCUCAGGGACAGAAGUUGCCCUCUCCGAAUGUAGGGCUCGGCUUUGGGGAGACAGUUACUGUAACCAUGGACACGAUGCCGGUGUUGUGUGCUCAGCUUCCAUAAUCUCAGAAGUGGCUCCAGUCCGAUUGGUGAACGGUUCGAGUCGCUGCACUGGGAGAGUUGAAGUCUUUCAUUACAGGAAUUGGGGAACCGUGUGUGAUGACAGCUGGGACUUACAGGAUGCCGGAGUCGUGUGCAGGCAGCUGGGCUGUGGGACGGCGUUAUCAGCCCCAGGAGAGGCUCACUUUGGGAGAGGAUCUGACCAUAUCUGGCUGGCUGACGUCAACUGCACAGGGACAGAAGUUACCCUCACCCAAUGCAGGGCUCGGCCUGUGGGAGAGAAUAACUGUACCCAUGGAGAAGAUGCUGGAGUUGAGUGCUCAGACUUAGGAAUUUCAGAAGUGGAUCAACUCCGACUGGUGAAUGGCCCGAGUCGCUGCGCUGGGAGAGUCGAGGUGCUUCACAACCAGCAGUGGGGAACCGUGUGUCAUGAUGGCUGGGACAUAAUUGAGGCUGGAGUUGUGUGCAGGCAGCUGGGCUGUGGGACGGCGUUAUCAGCCCCUAGGAAAGCUCGAUUUGGGCAAGGAUCUGACCGAAUAUGGCUGGAUGACGUCAUCUGCAAAGGGACAGAAGCUGCCCUCUUCGAUUGCAAGGCUCGGCCUUGGGGAGACAAUAACUGUAACCACGGAGAAGAUGCCAGUGUUGUGUGUUCAGACUCCAGCAUCUCAGAAGUGACUCAGCUGCGACUGGUGAACGGUUUGAGUCGCUGCGUUGGGAGGGUCGAGGUGCUUCACAACCAGCAGUGGGGAACCGUGUGUGAUGACAACUGGGACCUACAGGAUGCCGGAGUCGUCUGCAGGCAGCUGGGCUGUGGGACGGCAUUAUCAGCCCCAGGAGGGGCUCAUUUUGGGCAAGGAUCUGACCCCAUCGGGCUGGAUGAUGUUCACUGCACAGGGACAGAAGUUGCCCUCUCUGAUUGCAGGGCUCGGCCUUGGGGAGACAGUAACUGUACCCAUGGAGAAGAUGCCGGUGUCGAGUGCUCAGAUUCUGGCAUUUCAGAAGUGGCUCAGCUCCGACUGGCGAAUGGCCCGAGUCGCUGCGCUGGUAGGGUCGAGGUGCUUCACAACCAGCAGUGGGGAACCGUGUGUGAUGAGAGCUGGGACAUAACUAAUGCUGAAGUCGUAUGCAGGGAGCUGGGCUGUGGGAUAGCGUUAGCAGCCCCAGGAGGGUCUCGAUUUGGGCGAGGAUCAGACCCUAUCUGGCUGGACAACGUUCACUGCAUAGGGACAGAAGCUGCCCUCUCCGAUUGCAGGGCUCGGCCUUGGGGAGACAAUAACUGCACCCAUGGAGAAGAUGCCGGUGUUGUGUGCUCAGAUCUGGCUCAGCUCCGACUGGUGAACGGCCCAAGUCGCUGUGCUGGGAGAGUCGAGGUGCUUCACAACCAGCAGUGGGGAACCGUGUGUGAUGACAACUGGGACAUAAGUGAUGCUGGAGUCGUGUGCAGGCAGUUGGGCUGUGGGACAGCUUUAUCAGCCCCUCGGAGAGCUCGAUUUGGUCAAGGAUCAGACCGUAUCUGGCUGGAUGAUGUCAACUGCACAGGGACAGAAGCUGCCCUCACUGAAUGCAUGGCUCAGCCUUGGGGAGACAAUAACUGUAUCCUCGGAGAAGAAGCCGGUGUUGUGUGCUCAGACGCUGGCAUCUCAGAAGUGGCUCAGCUCCGACUGGCAAAUGGAUCGAGUCGCUGCAAUGGGAGAGUCGAGGUGUUUCAUAACAAGAAGUGGGGGACCGUGUGUGAUGACAACUGGGACUUACAGGAUGCUGGCGUCGUAUGUGGGCAGCUGCGCUGUGGGAUGGCAUUAUCAGCCCCACGAGGGGCUCGAUUUGGGCGAGGAUCUGACCAUAUUUGGCUGGAUAAUGUCAACUGCACAGGGACAGAAGUUGCCCUCUCUGAUUGCAGGGCUCGGCCUUGGGGAGACAAUAACUGUACCCACGGAGAAGAUGCCGGUGUUGUGUGCUUAGGCAUUUUGAAAGUGGCUCCAGUCCGACUGGUGAAUGGCCCAAGUCGCUGCGCUGGGAGAGUCGAGGUGUUUCUCAACCAGCAGUGGGGAACCGUGUGUGAUGACGGCUGGAACAUAACUGAUGCUGGAGUCGUGUGCAGGCAGCUGGGCUGUGGGACGGCGUUAUCAGCCCCUGGGGGAGCUCGAUUUGGGCGAGGAACUGACCCUAUCUGGCUGGAUGAUGUCAACUGUGCAGGGACAGAACCUGUCCUCUCCCAAUGCAGGGCUCGGCUUUUGGGAGUCAAUAACUGUAACCAUGGAGAAGAUGCCGGUGUUGUGUGCUCAGACGCUGGCAUCUCGGAAGUGGCUCAGCUCCGACUGGUGAAUGGUCCAAGUCACUGCGCUGGGAGACUCGAGGUGCUUCACAACCAGCAGUGGGGAACCGUGUGUGAUGACAGCUGGGACUUACAGGAUGCUGGAGUCGUGUGCAGGCAGCUGGACUGUGGGACGGCGUUAUCAGCCCCACGAGGGGCUCAUUUUGGGCAAGGAUCUGACCAUAUUUGGUUGAAUAAUGUCAACUGUACAGGGACAGAAGUUGCCCUCUCAGAUUGCAGGGCUCGGCCUUGGGGAGAAAAUAACUGUACCCACGGAGAAGAUGCCGGUGUCGAGUGCUCAGAUUCUGGCAUUUCAGAAGUGGCUCAGAUCCGACUGGUGAACAGCAGGAGUCGCUGCGCUGGGAGGGUCGAGGUGCUUCACAACCAGCAGUGGGGAACUGUGUGUGAUGACAUCUGGGACAUAACUAAUGCUGAAGUCGUGUGCCGGCAGCUGGGCUGUGGGCCAGCAUUAACAGCCCCAAGAGGGGCUCGAUUUGGGCAAGGGUCAGAGCGUAUCUGGCUGGAUGAUGUUAACUGCACAGGGACAGAAGCUACCCUCUCCGAUUGCAGGGCUCGGCCUUGGGGAGACAAUAAUUGUGACCAUGGAGAAGAUGCCGGUGUUGUGUGCUCAGAUUUAGGAAUUUCAGAAGUGGUUCAGCUCCGACUGGUGAAUGGCCCGAGUCGCUGUGCUGGGAGAGUCGAGGUGCUUCACAACGAGCUGUGGGGAACCGUGUGUGAUGACAGCUGGGACAUAACUGAUGCUGGAGUCGUUUGCUGGGAGCUGGGCUGUGGGACGGCGUUAUCAGCCCCAGGAGGGGCUCGAUUUGGGCGAGGAUCAGACCGUAUCUGGCUGGAUGAUGUUCACUGCACAGGGACAGAAGCUGUCUUCACCGAAUGCAGGGCUCAUCCUUGGGGAGACAAUAACUGUAACCACGGAGAAGAUGCUGGUGUUGUGUGCUCAGAUGCUGGCAUCUCAGAAGUGGCUCCGCUCCGACUGGUGAACGGACCGAGUCGCUGCGCUGGGAGAGUCGAGGUGUUUUGUAACAAGAAGUGGGGAACCGUGUGUGAUGACAACUGGGACAUAACUGAUGCUGGAGUGGUGUGCAGGCAGCUGGGCUGUGGGACGGCGUUAUUAGCCCCCGCUGGGGCCUACUUUGGGCCAGGAUCUGACCGUAUCUGGUUGGAUAAUGUCAACUGCACAGGGACAGAAGCUGCCCUCACCGAAUGCAGGUCUCGGCCUUGGGGAGAAAAUAACUGUCACCACAGAGAAGAUGCCGGUGUUGUGUGCUCAGGAUCAGGCAUCUUAGAAGUGGCUCCGCUCCGACUGGUGAACGGCCCGAGUCGCUGUGCUGGGAGAGUUGAGGUGCUUCACAACCAGCAGUGGGGAACCGUGUGUGAUGACAGCUGGGGCUUGUCUGAUGCUGAAGUCGUAUGCAGGCAGCUGGGCUGUGGGAUGGCGUUAUCAGCACCACGUGGGGCUCACUUUGGACAAGGAUCUGACCGUGUGUGGCUGGAUGAGGUUCAGUGCACAGGGGCAGAAGCUGUCCUCACCGAAUGCAAGGCUAAGCCUUGGGGAGAGCAUGGCUGUAAUCCCGGAGAAGAUGCCAGUGUUGUGUGCUCAGAUCGGGGCCAGCUGAGGCUGCGGCUGAGGAGUGGCCCAAGCCCCUGCUCCGGGCGAGUGGAGGUGCUGAUUAAUGACACCUGGGGUGCCGUGUGUGACGCCGGCUGGGGCCUGCCGGAGGCGGGGGUGGUGUGCAAGCAGCUGGGCUGUGGCACAGCACUGUCAGCCCCGGGGGUUGCUCAGUUCGGCCACGGGGCCGGCGAUGUCUGGCUGGAGGGCUUGAGCUGCUCUGGCCAGGAGUCUUUCAUCAGCGAGUGCCAGCUGAGCCGGCUGGGUCCCAGGCUGUGUGGCCGUGGCUCCGAGGCCAGCGUGGUGUGUGCUGGGCAGGCUGGCCCUGGGCUACUCUGCUCUGUGCUCCUCGGCCUGGGUGCUGUUGUGGUGCUGAUCUGUGCGGUCCUGCUCUGCUGGAGGAUGCGUCGGGACAGAGCCGCUGGGAACCCCCAAGGGGAGGGGUUGGGGUAAACCCAGCGAAUACCAAGGGCAACCCAACCCUGGCGGCCAGCAGGGGAUCGUCCUGGUGGAGCUCCCCAUCCUUGGAACGGAGGCGGCUGGAAUAUGAAUGGGAGAUGAGACGGGAAGAGCUUGAGUUAAGGAAGCAAGAACUGAAGCAGGAGCGGGAGGAGAAGGAGAAACAGCGUCAGCAUGAGGAGAAACAGCGUCAGCAUGAGCAGGAAGAACGUGAAAAGCAGCGGGAGGAGAAGGAGAAACAGCGUCAGCAUGGGCUGGAACUGGCCAGGCUGAGGAGCAGUGGGGCCCCAGCUGCGGUGAGUGAGGGGGGACCCAAGACUGCAAAGAGCUUUGAUAAGUGCUUCCUGGCCCAGCGUAAGGAGGGGGAGGACAUGGACACCUUCUUGACAGCCUUUCAGAAUACCUGCGAGCUGCUCCAGGUUGACCCUGCAGACAGGCUCCAAUUUCUCAUUCCCUCACUGGACUCCACAGUCAGGGAGGUGUACAGCCGACUGAAAGGGGUGGAGACAGGGGACUACGAACUGUUUAAAAAGGCCCUGCUCCGUGAGUUUGGGCUGACUCUUGAGAUGUACCGAAAAAGGAUCCGGAGUCAGCGUAAAACCCGUGAGGUCAGAUACCUACAACUAACCAACCGGAUGCAGAGGUAUACCCGCAAGUGGACAGCUGGGGCCCAACCUAAAGAAGACCUGCUUGACCUGUUCGUACUGGAGCACCUGUAUGAGCAGUGCCCAUCCGACCUGAGGCAACGAUUGAUGGACCAAAAACCAGAAAACCGGCAGCACACAGGCCAGCUGGCCGACGAGUUUGUGAACAGUCGGGCAGGGGAUGACAGAGAGGAGUCCCAAAGGAACAGGCCCACCACAACGCAGCGAGAGAGUCACGAGGGGACCUCCCAGCAGGGAAAUAUGGAGAACCCCCACCAAAGGGGAACAUCCAGCAUCAGGUCCAUCCGACCCACUCGAGGGGACCCACGGGACAUGGGCUGCUAUCACUGUGGCCAGAGAGGCCACAUACUGACCCACUGCCCCAAGCUCAGGGACAGACUGAGCAGACCGAACCCACAGAGGGUCAACUUGAUAGAGACCCAGCUGGACAAGAGGAAGACGGCCCAGGCAAGCGGGGCGGACAGCUUCCCAACGGCUCAGGAGGGAGGAGUACCCCAGGCCAGCUCCUCUUGGGGGCUGGAUGCUCCGGACACCAGGUUUUCCAUUUACAGGGUGGACGCGGGGCACUCCCUGCAGAGCGAGUGCCUUGUUCCCCUGGAGGUGGAUGGGAGGAAGGUCAAUGGAUACUGGGACAUGGGCGCUGAGGUGACGCUGGCCCUGCCCGAGGAGGUAGCUCGAGAUCAGGUGAUGCCCAACACCUAUCUAAUCCUGAUGGAGGUGGGCGGGACCCCAUUCAAGGUGCCUGUGGCAAGGGUACCCCUGAAGUGGGGUCCAAGGAGGGCCACAAGGAAGUGGGGGUGCACAACCAUUUGCCCACUGAGGUGUUAAUGGGGGGGACCUGGAGGACUGGCCAAGCAACUCCCAGGGUGUCCUGGUUAUGACCCGUAGCCAGAGCCGGCAAGGGGCACUGCACCCUGACAACAGGAAGGGUGCCUUGCCUGAAGCGCAGGACCCUAACCUGUUGGGGAGGGAAUGCCCAGGGACACGGCUCAGGGAGGCUGCGGCUUCAGACCCAGCCAGCAGGAGGGAGCAGGUGACCAUCCCUGUCCCAGCUGCUGAGUUCUGGGCCGAGUUACAGAAAGAUCCCUCCUCGCGGAAGAUAAGGGACCUGGCCAACCUCAGUGAGGUACAGACCAUGGGGAGCGGUGGUCAGAAAAGGUUCCUGUGGGAGAAGGGGUCCCUGUACUGAGAAUGGGCUCCCCCAAGGAAAAUGGAGCCAGGGGGGAUCAGGAGGCAGCUGGUGGUACCCCAGAAAGUAUCGCCACCAGCUGCUGUACCGGGCCCAUGACAUCCCCCUCUCAGGGCACCAGGGAACCUGGCGCACCCAGCAGAGACUGCUACGGAACUUUUAUUGGCCUGGGGUCUUUAUUACUGUCUGACAGUACGGCCGAUCCUGUGACCCCUGUCAGAGGGGGAGGAAGGCCUGGGACAAGGGGAAAACAGCUUUAGGACCCUUGCCCAUCAUAGAGGAGCCUUUCCAGAGGGUGGCCAAGGUUAAAAGGGGGGCUCUGAACCAAGAGAACCCGAAUCACAGACCUCCAGACUGGAACGCUGGGAGAAGACCCCAGCCCAGUUGGAACCCCAGGGGCAUUGGGGUGGGAAAAGGGCACAGGCCGCAUAAGCCUUCCCACAUGCGAACUACGAGUGUCAUCGAGCACCCCCGACCUAUAGGGGGGCGUGAAACUGGAAGGGCCUGGUGUAAUUCUCACCAAGGAAUGGGAGGGAUGUUGGGGGUUCCGUGGGAACGUGGGUAGGUUCGAACUUCCCCAGGUCACUGGCUGAAGUGACUUCACUCAGUUCGGUCUCGAAGGGGGAGUGAUGUGAUGAACUGGGACUGUUCUUAAUGUAGUCUUUGAAUACUGAGUGGGGAGUGUUGGCUGGGAAGGCAGGGGAGUGUGGCUAGGAUGGUCUGCAUUGGGGGAUGGGAGACUGGCCUUGAGGGAGAAUACCUGAGCAUGUAACGUGAGAAUCCAGGAAGGGGUUAGAGGCCUGGUGACACCUUUGCCCAGGAGACUGAACAAAGGCUGUGGGAGGGGUCGCUGAAGAGGAAGUUUCAGGAGCUGGCUGGUGGAAUGGCUGGGAGGGAGACAGGGCUCUGACCUCCUAUGGGGGCUGUGGGGCCCUGGGACCCCAAGAUGGACCUAACUGAGGGGGUCCUGUUGUCUGUGCCUGCAAGACCUGUCUUGGACUGUGUUCCUGUCGUCUAAAUAAACCUUCUGCUUUACUGGCUGGCUGAGAGUCAUGGUGAAUCGCAGGAGCCUGGGACAAGGGCUGCCCUGCCAUCCUGACCCAGGAAUCCAGCCCCAGCUGGAGCCCAAUAUCCCUGAGCUGCAGCCCAGUGCCCCGUCCAUGCCCUGCGCUGCCUCCCUGCAUGGGAACCUUCUGCUCUCAGAGCUACUGGGGUCUCUGCUCUAACUGACAUGCACAGGCCCACUGUCCUGGCCUGUGGGUGCCCUGUCCCUACAGCCCUGCCCUGGCAGUGGGGUCCCAUUCACAAAGCACCCUGGGAUGCUGGGUGAGGGUGGGCUGGGGGUGGCUAGGGUUGCCAGGCAUCCGUUUUUUGACUGGAACGCCCGGUUGAAAAGGGACUGGGGUGGCACAGGUCAGUACCGCUGACUAGGCCGUUAAAAGUCCGAUUGGUGAUGCACCAGGGCUAAGGCAGGCUCCCUCCCUGCCCUGGAUCUGCACAGCUCCCUGGAAGUGGCCCCCAUGUCCCUGCGACCCCUAAGCUCAGGGGUGAUAAGGGAAGCUCCGCAUGCUGCUCCUGCCCCCAGUGCCAGCUCCGCAGCUCUCAUUGGCCAGGAACCAAGCUCUGUGGGAGAUGUGGGGGCAGUGCCUGCUGGUGCAGGACAGCAUGCAUGGUGCAGAGCCCCCUGGUGGCUGUGCCUUUGCCUCAGGG